UGGCUGGUUGUUUGAGAGUGGUUGCUAACGGCGGUUGCGGUGUAGGUACGGCGAUGAGGCGGAGUUUCAUCCGAGGAAUCCGCUGCUGGAGACGGUUUCGGUGCCGUCGCAGACGCUGCUGAGGAAUAAUCUUGAGAUUCUGGUUGCGGGGCUUGAUGUUGGGGUUGGAGGGGGACGGGCGAGUGGGGAGGAUAGUCCUGCUGAUGCGAUUCUGAUACCGAGUUUGCAGAUGCCGUCGGAGGGGUCUGGACGGGUGACGUUGGUCACGUAUCCGGUGCACAAGGCGAUUGUUGUGGGGGACGGAUUGGAGAGUGGUAUUGCGUAUGGACGGUAUACAGCAGACGCCACUUCACAGAACAUACCGCCGGAGGUGGUCAAGGUGGCUAUUGGGAUACCGGCACCUCAAGAUACAGUGGAGGAUCGACUCUCGAAGGGAGUAACAGCAGUGGAUUUAGAGGUCGCGGCCAAAGCUCUUGCAAAAUUUAGGGAGUCAAUCGCAAACUCAGUCGCCUACGAACACGGAUGGUACAGCAGCGGACUGCCUGCCAUCACUGAGUGGCUAGCGGACGGUCUGAACCAACAGGCCUCGAAGCUCAAACCAGCCGUCAAGUACCUGAUCCUAUCCACUCUCGACGACAUAGAAACCAAGAUUACGGAGGAAGACGCGGAGCGCCUGAAUCAGCUCGUCGCAUCAACUAUUCCCCAACACACGCGGACGUCAAUCCUCGACUCUCUCAGAAUAUGGGCCGAGCACGCGCACACCGAGCUGCGCGACCAACUCGAAGGCGCCUUCGCCGGCAAGAACUGGCGCAAAAUCGCAUGGUGGAAGCUCUUCUGGCGCGUCGACGACGUCAGCAUGGUUGCAUCCGAAGUGCUCGAACGCCGCUGGCUGGUCGACGCCGAAAAAGGCUCCAUCUACAUCACCGGGCGACUCGAGGAAGCAGGACUCUUCAAGGGGCAAACGAGGCCUGGCGAAGAAGUCCUCACGAAAAGCCCUGAGAAGCCUCUUCAAGAUGCUGGUUUCACGAGUCCAGUGUCGCCCUUCAAGUGGAGGGAGGUGGCACAGUACAAGGCAGCGCUCGUUGAGGAUGGCGAAGUGCACAUCCCAGACCCGAGGCCCUGGCCGAUGCAGAUUCCGAUCAUGCGCGCGCUGCUGCUGAAGGAUACGGUGCCGCCGCUACAAGCGCUCGCGCAGAGCCUUGUGAUAUCGACGCUCUCGACGGCGUCGCUUUCGUCGGCGCUCUCGGCGCUCAUCUACCUCUCCGUGCCCUCCCUCUCUGUGGUCGAGUCAGCCGCUGUAGCGAUCUUCGGCGUCGUGUGGUCUAUGCGGCGCAUGCAAGUAAGAUGGGAAGAGGCUCGAGAGGCAUGGCAGGGCGAGAUCACGGAGGAGGGGCGGAAAGCACUGAAGUACACUGAAGACCUGGUCGCUGAGAUUGUGAAGACAGGCGGGCAGCCAGACGAGGACGUAGACGGCGUAGAGAGGAGGCGAGAGGCGAGGGAGGCCGUGCAGAGGGUCAGGGAACUGUUGCAACACUUGUAGGAUUACUGUAAUGUACAAAAGCGCAUAGGGCAUAGGGCGGGUAUCUGGGCUUUGUAAUGUAGCAAGCACAGUGCGGUUGAGUUGGGACGGAAGAUCUUGGGCAUAGUCGUCAUCGCUCACUCCUCCUCCGCACUUCAUAUGUCUUUCUCUCCCUUAGGCUGUCUUGAGAGAAAAGCCUUCCGAUGCUCAAAGGCGUUGAGUCUCGAGUGUAUUCCUCUCGAAAUAAUAACCAGAGCGCGAAAAUCACGUCUGAAUCGCGUGGACUGGCUUCCACAUCCCCGAAUCCUCAUCAUCUCAUUCUCCAAAUUCUCACUUGGUCGAAGCACCACUCACUCAGUAUUAAUCACCACAAACAC